AUAAAAAAUUUGCAAUCAAAAAUAUUAUUAGAUUUUUAACCUCAAAUAAUAAAUUUUUGUUUACACAUACAUAUAUAUGCUUUCGUAUGGUUCGCGUAUGUUGACGUAUUUAUACGUAUAAAGAAUUUCUUAAAUUAUAAUAUUUCCAUAAUCGAUCACAUUAAUUUAUUAUACUUACGAUAUUUUACGUACGUGCACAUUUUGAGGAAUUCUUUUUUAGGAAACACGAGUGCAGAAUGCCUCAUAUUUUAUUAAUAUUCUUGAUAUAUUUAUAUAUUAAUACUUAGUUGAUACUUAAAGUAUAUAUCUCGCGUGAGAUAUUUCUAUUAGUUAUAAUGUUGAUUGAAGUUUGUUAAAAAAAAAACGUAUAAAAGACAAAUGCUAUCAUACUUCUAUUAUUAUAUACCUUUGACCUCUUUUGCUAUGUGUACAAAUAAGUGAUAUUUAAAUGCAAUAUUAUACAUAAUCAAUGCAACAAACUAUUAUCAUUUUGGAAUAAGUAUGCUUUACAUGUCGGCUUUUAACUUGGAUAAAUUAGUACAUUCGCUUAUGCAAAGCUUGGGUUAUGAAAGGUCAAAAAAAAAACAUUUCUUAACCUAUACGGAUAAAACAUAUAAGAUACAAAAUAAAAAACUAGAUAUUUGUGAGAAAAUGAAAGAUGUAUAUCAAAGUAAUCUUGACUUUUCAAAUCCAUAUGACAUAGAACAUUUCAUAGAAAAGCACACAAACAUUCUCGAUAAAUCUGUUUAUUCAAAAAGCAUUCCAGUUCUUGCAUCUCAUUUGAAAAAUAUUAAUACAAAAAUUAUUCAAAAAAUUAAUAAAAUAAAAAUACAAAGUAAUAUUAUGGAAAGUAAAUAUAAAUUAUCAAAUUCUUAUAAAAAGAAUUCUCGCAUUAAGAAGUAUCAAGGAACCUUAGAUAGUAAAUUCAGUAAAUACACAUUAAAAAAUACAACUUCAAAACAAUAUGAUAAUUCUUUAACAAACUGUCUACAACAAAAUAAUAAAAAGAAAUACAAUGCUAUCGCCUGUAAUUUAACAGAUAAUAUAAUAGAAUAUGUGGAGUAUGAAAAUGAAUUAAAUAAGAAAUUAUUAGAACUUUAUACGAAAGAUGAAGAUUUUAUCAAAAAAUAUAUACAUAUAUCCUUAUAUAUAGCAACUGAGAAGAUUGAUUGCUCCAAUUUUGAAAACACCGAUAAAAAAUAUCAACAAAUAAUUUUACUAUGUAAGCAGGCAAUAUUGUGUUUGGUUGAACCAAGUGAAAAAGCUUAUGUACUAUGUACAAAUAAUUUGUCUGCUAUUAUACAAAAACAUUUGUCACAAGGAUGUAGAUAUCAUUUUGAAUCUUCAAGUGAUUCUACUGAGUACUAUAAUGCUUUAUUGGUUGUAAGUCAUUGGGCAAAACUUUUGGUAAAGCAUCAAAAUAUAACUAUGGUUCAUAUGAUUUGUGCUAUACUUGGUUGUGAAAUAAACAAAAUAUUAAUUUUAUCCUAUCCAGAAGAUGUUUUAUCGAAAAGAUGGUGAAUGAAGAAGCAGUGGAAAAUAAUAAAAAAACUCAACCUGUAUUCAAAAAUCCAUCUUUCCACCAACAAUUUCGGCCAAUAAGUAAUACUGGAAAGAAAAGAACUUGGAGAUCUCUUAAACAGGUUUUAGCUCAGGAACGUAGUUUACCAUGGCCUACUGAAGUAGUACAUUAUAGUGCUAUCAAUGCACCGCCAAGUUUUAAACCUGCAAAGAAGUAUUCUGAUAUAUCUGGUCUGCCUGUAAGUAGUACACGAAAAAUAUUGUACUUUCGAGUUUUCAAUUAUGAAAUAUUUUAUCAGUAAAUGCAUUAUUUAAAAAAUUAAUAUUUUAAAGAAUCCAGUUUCAUACUAUGUGUCAGUUAUAUUAUUAAGAUAAGAACACAGAUGUUAAUCACAUUUAUUUGCACAGGCACGGUAUACAGAUCCACAAACUAAGUUAUAUUAUGCAACUGCCGAAGAAUUUGCCACAGUUCGCAGUUUGCCAAUGGAUAUAACUGCUGGAUAUUUAGCAUUACGUGGUGCUUCUAGUAUCGUUGGUUAAGUAUUUUAAUUAAAUUGCAAGAAAUAUAUCAUUCUUUUUUAAA